CAUCUCAACUCUAUUUUCAUUCUUACUCUUUGCUUUUUCUAAGACCCUCUCAGUUUUUCUGUUCUCACCCCUCUACCUCCCUCUGGCAUGUCUUUUCAUCUUUCACACGUUUUCUUUUUUGCUCUUCCAUUUGUCAGUGUGUUUUCCUUCUUCGGCGCAUUUGCCAUACAUUUUUUUUGUUUCACUUUGUUAUUACAGAUGCCUCUCUCAGUGGCAGAGUCUGCAGUGAAUAUCUGAAGCCCCAUCUUCCUUCCACUCUGUGGCCAUCAUGUCCCAGCUGCUCCAUGUGGAGAUCCCAAACUUUGGAGCUACAGUUCUGGGCUCCCUUAAUGAGCAGCGCCUGCUGGGACACUACUGUGAUGUAUCCAUACUGGUUAAAGGUCAGGCUUUCAAAGCCCACCGGGCUGUUUUGGCCGCCAGCAGCCUCUACUUUCGUGACCUCUUCAGCAGCUCCACCAAGACCCAGUUUGAGUUGCCUUCCUCAGUCACACCUGCUUGCUUUGAGCAGAUCCUCACUUUCUGCUACACAGGGAAGCUAACAAUGGCAGCUAGUGAACAGCUGGUGGUCAUGUACACAGCUGGCUACCUCCAAAUUCAACAUAUAGUUGAAAGAGGCAUGGACCUAAUGUUUAAGGCAAACUCACCUCACUGUGACUCACAGACAACAGGGUCCUUAGAAGAAACGGGAUCUGAGCCACAGAGUCCUUGUAAUAAUGGUAACGGCCUAGCAGUGGCUGCCCUUUUGGGAACCCCGGGCUGGUCUUCGUCUCUGCUCAUACCGCAACGUAAGAUCAAACUAGAAGGGGGUGAGCCAACACCCCUGACAGUACCUUCAACACCAAGUAAGACUUCAUCUUCAGAGUUGGGGAGUCGACUGGCGAGGGCCGGCUCACUGUUCUACACAACAGCUGGAGGGACCCCUAUCCCUGGUAUGCCUCCUUUCAACCUUCAGGGGUCUAGUGGUGGAGCUGGAGGAGGAGGAGCAGGAGGUGACAGGUCUAGUCCUGGAGCAUCCAGUCUGCCCACCACUGACAGUCCCACAUCCUACCAGAACGAGGAUGAGGAGUUUGAAGAAGAACCCUACGAUGGGAUUGCAGAGGAGGCCUAUAGUCAUCUCUAUGGACGUUCAGCCAACCCCUAUGGGAUCCAAGACAAGCCGGAGAUGGCAUCAUUGCCCUUGUCCUUGGAGAACCGCAACUGCGUGCUGAUCCGCAGGGACCUUGUGGCGUUGCCUGCAAGCCUCAUAAGCCAGAUAGGCUACCGGUGCCAUCCUAAGCUCUACACUGAGGGGGACCCUGGAGAGAAGCUGGAACUAGUAGCUGGCACACAAGUAUUUAUGACUCGAGGCCAACUGAUGAAUUGUCAUCUGUGUGCUGGUAUCAAACACAAAGUCUUGCUCCGCCGUCUCUUAGCCACAUUCUUUGACAGAAACACUUUAGCCAAUAGCUGUGGGACAGGUAUCCGUUCUUCUACUAGUGAUCCCAGUAGGAAACCCCUGGACAGCAGGGUCCUCAACGCUGUCAAACUCUACUGUCAAAAUUUCAACCCUAACUUCAAGGAGAGUGAAAUGAAUGUGAUUGCUGCUGACAUGUGCACAAACGCGAGGCGGGUCCGCAAGCUUGCAUGCGUUAAUACAAACAGUGGAUACAAAGAAUUACUGAAAAACAGCAACAAAGCCACAAACCUGCAUCUAAAUAAGAUAACAGCUACUGUUGCCUCGAGAUAUGCUGUUAAUGCGCAAAAGGACUUUCUCCGUUUCUCACUGGAUCUGACCUCAGUCUGACACAUGUUAGAACUGAUCAGGGUGUGACCCAGGAUUUACACAAUAUCAGAUGGACUUUCUGUUUUUUUUGUUUUGUUUUAUUUUAUUUUAUUUUUUUUUUAAACUAAGGAGUGUGCCGUGCCCAUGAGCAGAGGAGACUGGAUAUAUGGAGUAGUAAGAAGUGCACUACACUGGGCGGUAAAAGAAAGCAUGUGAGAGAGAAGCACUGUUCCACCUUGAUGUGGUGGUGGUGGUGGUGGUGGUGUGAUAUGCACCAAUACUACACAGUCCUGCUUCCUACCUGUGUGUGUGUUUGUUUGUUUUACUGUUUGUUUGUUUUUUGGGGGCGGGUGGGUAAAUUAUUGAAUCAAACUUAUAAGAGCAAUUUAUGCUGGCUUAUUUGCAUUUGCACUCAAGAAGGUAAAAGGCCGAGAAGCUGAGGAGGUAAAGUGGACCUUUCAUGAGAGACUGUAACAACAACAGCACCUGAAACGAGUCUUUCUGACAACGACUGUUUCGACAUUUUGGAAAGGGGCGAGAGAAGCAAAGUCAGACAGGGACUUUUAACCUGCAUUCGUCAUACCCGUUUUCUUAUUUUUAAUAUCUGUUUUCACGCUCGAUGCCUACGCAGGCCGAGCAGCCUUUCUUUAUUGUUUCAUGCAUACAGCUCUUCCCUUUAUCUGAUUGCAUUUCCCUAUCAGCAAUGAAAGCACAGAAGAGACCAUUCGUUUAACUGAGCGAGCGGAGCGUUAUUUUUAAGCCACCGACAUUUGGGAAACUUUGUGUAAAGUGGUUUUCUGCUAUACAAUGUUGUAGCUUAAAUUAAGAACUUAUAUAUUCUCUGAAUAUAUGCUGUGCCACUUCAAAGGCUGGGCCAGAUUAUUCUCUGUCUGUGCUCUUGUUUCGGGGUCUUUAGGGGAAGCUUUAAGAUGGCCCUGCACAAGAAACAGGGUUAUAAUUGCACUAGGUCGUAUUAUUGAGAUUUGCAGCGUGUUUAUUUUCUUUAGGAAUAAAUGCGAUCUGCCAUAGAUGAAACAGGACUGUGACAGAAUGGCUGACAUGAUGGCUGGAUGAAUGUAAUCUGUAGCACUGCUUUGGUGAGGGUCCAAGCUUUGACUGAGUAUAGUAAAAUAUUGAAUCUCUCUCUUUGUUAUAUGAUUCAAUUGCAUUCUUCAAAAUAGGCCAUAAUAUAAAAUUAAUAUGACUGUGAGGCUGGGUGAUGUUCCAACCUAAAGCUUUAUUGAUGUAGUGAUUUUUAAAAAAAAGAAAAAAAAAACUGCGAAUAGGUCUUCCAGUGUAGUGAACAUCAGGGAGCUUUUUUCCCUGUUAUGUGCAAAACAGAGCAACGUUCAAAUACAGUGCAGGCUUUUUUUUUACUCUGUUCUUUAUUUUAGCUUUUUUAACUUGAGAUUUAACAAACUGUAUCUUAAUAUCAUUUUUCUUUUUUUUUCUUUUUUUUUCUGAAGGUUUUCUUGCAGGAAAAUGAAAAUAUUCAGUUGUCUACAUGAGCCACUUAAUGUCUGAUCACUUCUGGUUACGCCAAUCAAAGUAACAGAUUUGAAAAAUGGAUAUGUGUAGCCUAUAUUUUGGAAAAUAUACAAAAUAUCUGUUAUAGCUUAAAGAAAAAAAGAAUAAAACCUUUGUACUCAGUUGCUAAACUGAACAGUGAGUGUAAGAUACAUUGUAUUUAAUAUUUCUUUGUAUUUUCAUAUAAAAUAAAUCUUUGCUUUUGAUCUUUUUGAAUAGAGGCUGACUCUCGCAUAGCUACUAAAAAUAUAUGGGGAAUACGAGCUCAGCUGCAGUUAAAAUAAAGCAGUAAAUAAUAAUGGGUGGGAAACAUGGAUAUGUUCCACUGUAGUAUUAAAGGGGUGGUGGAGCAGUGCCUUAGACUGUGAAUGUGUGGGUGUGGAUGCGUGCCAUUACUUUGUGUUCAGAAGCAAAUCAGACC